AACAACAUUAACCUCUUUUUUUUUUUGCAGAUUCAUAUCAAUGAUAUAGUUCUCUAGAAAAAAAAUCAGAAAAGAAAUGAGAUCCUUUUUUUCCCACAUCCAUUAAUAGUGAGAAGAAAAGAAGACAAAUAUGUUACAAGCUCUAACGGGACUCCAAUUUCAACAGAAAGAACAAUUAGGAGAAAAGGAGAGGAGACUUCAACUCAGCCAGGAAUCCAGGGCCCAGCGUACACAGUUCCACUUGCAAUUUUCAUGCAAACCAAUGUUUCAGAGACUUUUCUCAGUAAGACCAGAAAUUUCUUCAAGUCAAUUACCAUCUUUUUCUAAGGUCUCAGCACACCUGGAAAGUCCUGCGAAGUCCCAGCUACAGAAAGUGCAGAGACAAGUAAAACCCUUCAUGACCCUUGACUACCAAAUCGUCAACCAGACUCUUAAACGGUCACAGCCUCCAACGCCAAGCAGUGCGCUUCUGCUACAGCAUGGGCACCCUUCUCCCGAGAGUGAGACUGGCCUUACUGGAAAUCCACUCACCAAGUUACUAACUCUUGGGAAAGAAGAUGACAAUGUGGAAUGGCAUAUGGAAGACGUUAUUGAGGAUAUAAUCGGUAUGGAAUCAAGUUUUAAAGAGGAAGGAACAGACUCUCCUCUGCUAAUGCAAAGAACAUUAUCUGGAAGUAUUUUGGAUGUGUAUAGUGGUGAUCAGGGAAUUUCUCCAGUUAAUAUGGGCCUUACAAGUGCUUCCUGUCCAAGUAGUCUGCCAAUGAAAAGAGAAAUUACAGAAACAGAUACACGAGCUUUGGCAAAAGAGAGACAAAAAAAGGACAACCACAAUCUCAUUGAAAGAAGAAGAAGGUAUAACAUUAAUUACCGAAUCAAGGAGCUUGGCACUCUUAUUCCAAAGUCUAAUGAUCCUGAUACGCGCUGGAACAAAGGAACCAUUCUGAAAGCAUCAGUGGAGUACAUCAAGUGGCUACAAAAAGAACAACAGAGAGCUCGAGAAUUAGAACACAGACAGAAGAAAUUAGAGCAGGCUAACAGGAGGCUUCUACUCCGAAUUCAGGAACUAGAAAUACAGGCUCGUGCUCAUGGUCUGCCAGCCCUGGCUUCACUUGGCACAGUUGAUUUAGGUGCUCAUGUCACCAAACAACACACCCAUCUUGAGCAGAAUUCAGUAGACUAUUGCCAACAACUGACUCUGUCUCAGGGGACCAGCCCUGAGCUCUGUGAUCAAGCUAUGGCCUUCUCUGAUCCUUUGUCACACUUCACAGAUUUAUCAUUUAGUGCCUCUUUGAAAGAGGAACAAAGAUUGAAUGACAUGCUACUGGAUGACACAGUAUCUCCAUUUGGAACAGAUCCUCUGCUGUCUGCCACUUCCCCUGCAGUUUCCAAAGAAAGCAGUAGGAGAAGUAGUCUUAGCUCAGAUGAUGGCGAUGAGUUAUAAAAAACAGACAGGCUCGAUUCAUCAACUGGGAAGCAAUUCUAUGCAGGUGCUAUGCAAUUACGUUCUGUUUCAUAUAUUGCUUUGGCUUAAUUUUUCCAAAAGGAAUAUACCGUUCAAGAGAAACUGAUUAUAAACGACAGAAGAAUUCACAGGAAGAAGAAACAUGGUGUUGAAGAUUAUUGAGAACAAAAAAGGAAUUUUUCCUCUUUGACUAAGAUGUCCAAAUCUGCCUAAAUUUUGUUUUCCUGGAAAGAGGUACAACAUAAGAAAUAGCUCUCUACUGAUGUUUUAAAAGUAGCAAUGGAGUGAUGUACCAUUGGAACUAACACACUGCAGGGAGUAAACCUACUGAAAUAUACAAACCUUUUCUUAUUCACUUCUAACUCCUUCCUAGUCCAGUCUUACCUUAGUUUUCAAGUAUCAAGCUCAACAGACUUGGUAGUUCAUUGCCUUUCUCCACUAUCUAAUGGGAUGUGUUGGUUAAAGUUCAAAUUUGAUAGAGGAAAUAGUUAAAAGACACUGUUAUCUGUCACUUCUAAUUGAAAAGUGAAUCUAUAAUGAACAUUAGAAUUUUCCGCAAUAAAAUACCAAAAAUAUAUAAAAACUUUGCUUUCUAAAAUUAGGCCCUAAUUCCUUUAGUCAGUUCAAUUAUAGUAAUUCUAAGAAUAUCUUUGCAUAUUUAUGGAGACAUUCUAUGUUCAAAGAAGGAACACACUGAAUACUUUCCUUAAGAAUCUGCACUGAAAAUUUACCACUUCACACAAACAUACACUUACACACAGGCACACAAUGUAGGUAGUAUAUUUCCUUUUUGUUUUCCUUCACUUUUGUGAUUUUCUAAUCAGCAUCAGAAACCACAGUCCAAAUCAUCUCUUUUUCAACAAAAAGAGAUGUUGGAUAAUCAAUUUCAGUAAGUAAAAUACACACACAUACACACACACACACACACACACCUACUAGGAGAAUUCCUCAGCUAUCUAAAAUUUAUCGCUGUCUUUAAAAAUGCAUGUAAAUUAAUUAGGUGAUACUGUUUUGCUCCAAAUUGACAACAUGGAAAAUUAGUUUUCCAACUGACAAAAUCAUUUGUAAAACAGACUCUUCGUUAUUACGUUGAGCUCUGACUGGAGGACAAAUCUCCAUUCCCAUAAGUACUUAGAGCACCCUCUGACUUUGCUAGCUAUGUUAGUAUUUGUUAAAAAUUGUGUGACUAUAAUGCUUUAUUCAAAAUUUUCUCUUUUGAGCUUGGGAUUGGGGUUGACCUACCAAGGCUGUUGCUCAGUGCUGGACUUCUAUGAUUGCUCAUCUGAUCAAUGAGUAUUUUAUGGAGAGAUACUCAAACUGCAAUGCAUCCUGUGAAAAUGUAGAACACAUGAGCAAGAUAUGGUCUUACUCCUCAGAGAGUAACAAGACUGCAUGAGAAACAACAGCAGAAAAUAGAAGACACACGAAUUAAACUCUACAUGGUACAGUAUAAGCUGUAAAUAUAGAAAGUCAGAGAAAAUGAAAACGAAUAAAGGUUGGAGAAUCACAAACCUCUAUGGGAAGGUAGAAUGUAACUUAUUUUAAAAUCAUAAAUUUGGAUAAGGGGAAGGCAUAUUAGAGAAUAAUAUCAACCAAAUGGUAAAAGUGAGAAUAAGUUGAGGAUGUGUCUUCAUGGGACAUUCGUUAGAAAGUUCCGGCCACCCUAGAGGAUGCCAGCUUGAAAGUCCUGGAAAAUAAUAUUGGCAACAUGUUGUACAAGACCUUGAAUACUAGAAUGAAAUGAUAUGGUAUAAAUUGAUUUUUUUUUUUACUGGAAGAGAUAAGCCUAAAAAUUAAAAUGCUACUGUACAUUACUAAAGUAAUUUGGAGAUAAUCUUUCUUGACUAUUAACUUCGGGAUAACUUUUUGAAAGGGUGCUUUAGGUAUUACAUAUAGGGAACUAUGUCAUCAUGAAAUUUGAGACAUAAUGCUAAUGAAAGUGGGAACAUAUUAAAUUCUUAUGGUCUAAUAAUUACCUCAGGCUUAGCUUAUAACAUUAGUCCAGAGUUUGGAGAAUUAAAAUGAUUUUUAUUGUUUGACAUGGAAAAAUAAUUCUAAAUUUAUGGGAAUAGUCAUUAGAUCCAGAUAGAUAAAUUCAUCUGAAAUAUGCCAUGUGAAAAGAGCGAUAAGAUACACUUCCUCAAGAAUUUCCAAGAUAUAAUAUACUUCUCACUUUAUGGUAAAAUCCCCCUUUAUUAUCUGGGUCAAUAGUUUACUAUUACAAUAUAAAUCAUAGAAAAGAUAGACUCAUAUUUUUGAGUCCAUGUAAAACACAUUCCAGAUAGAGGCUGAUCUCUAUUUUCAUUUUAUCCAGUAUUCUCAUUUCUUCAUAUUCUGAGAAGACUUGCAUUCAUGAUGUCAUUACUCCGUCAUUAUUUUCCAUUUUGUUAAAAUACUACUGCGCAACCCUGAAACACAUUCCUCAUAAUCUUAGCUAAUGGAAGAGCUUGCCACAGGUGGUAGAGCCUGGACAAACGAGAUCUGGAAAGGGUACGACUAAUAUUUGCUGCUACUUUCAGAUUGUAAUAGCUACCAGGGGACUGUAGAAUAGGUAAUGGAUUUUUAAAAACUGAGUAAAGAGUGGUGCUCUGUCACACUUAACUGAAAUAGAUUAAAAAAUUAAUUUUAGUCAGUAGUUCUUAACUUUUUAACGUGUUGAGAAUCUAAUGAAAGUUAUCGACUCCCCAGAAAAAUACAGAGUUGUAUAUACAGCCGAAAAUUUGCAUGUACCUAAAGGUUUUACGAACCUCCUGAAUGUCUCAUUGAAUGCCAGGUAAAGAAUUCCUCUAUCAGUUCUGUUACUUUAAUGGAUAGAAUUGUAGCUAUGUAUCUCUCAAGAGCUAAGUGAGUAGUUACUGUUAUAUACAGUGAUGGAGGAGGGAGCCCUAGUUAUCUGUAUAUCACUCUCUCAACCCCCAAAGUGAGGAGGUUGCCUAGGAAAGUGAAAGUGUACCAAACACUAGACUAUUCACAAAGGAAGUAGACCCCUUCUUAUAAAGACCUCUACUUAUAAAGUAGACCCCUUCCCCUGUUGUUUAUAUACCUCCUGUUAUAUACUCAUGUUAUAUAUUCAUAGGCCAGUUUCUCUGUGAUUAUUGGAUAUAGUAAACAUCUGAUGUUAACAUUUUAAAAUGAGCAUAUAAAUAUCAAAAAUAUAUAAAUCAAAAGCAAAUUAUUUGAGUACCUAAGAAUCAAGAGAGAUCCUGGGGAAACUGAUGGAUGUCUACAAUAUUUUUGUAGAAAUGAGACUUACUACAGUAAAACAGGUAUAUUGUUUAUCAAACAAUUUUGUUACAAAAAGCAUCGGCUAUCGCUGGACUCUAAUAUACAAUUAACCAAGCUUUGUUCAUUCAAAGAAUCAAUGCAUAAUUGUAAUUAUAAUAAAGUUUGUUUAAAAUAAGAUAAAAGUUUUAUUUUAAUUACUUUUUGUUAUCUUUUCAAGAUAAUGUCUCAUUCAAUCUUUUGUCUCUACUUAUUAUAAAAUAUUGGCUAUCAUCUUUUCAUGGAUUCACAUUAAGCAGCCUUUCUAAUUCCAAAUUAUCUUGAAAUAACAAGUGCCUCCUAUGAGUACCUCUUCAUAUUUUUUUCUUUAUUAGUGUCCUUUCCCAUAACUUGCAGAAUUUAUAUAUACAGACUAACUUUUCUCAGUUUACGGACAUGAUAUCAGUGACUAUAGCCUUCUUUCUGUGGGUACAAAAGUUCUAAAUAAUAAAUACACAGAUGAGCUAAAGACAUUGAGAAAUAGCCUUCCUCAUUUUUUUUAACUCAUUUUUUUCCACUCACAUGACUGUAAAUAAAAUAUUUAAUAGCUCUUACUUUAAAAAAAUUAGGCAUGAGUUUCUUGAUUUGGCAUGCUCAUUUACCUUUAUGUCAGGGGAGAAGUUAGAUUUCUCAACGUUAAGAAGAAUGUAUUUUUUCUUUGUUUUGCUAGAUUGAGUCAUAUUUGAAUUUUAUUAUACUUCAAAGUAUCAUGAAAAUACUUUUUUUGCGGUUCUGAUAUUGUGGAAUUUUGAUGUUUAAAUUAAUAAAUGUCAUAACUAUAAGUGUUUUAAUGUUUUUACAAUAUCCCUAGGCUGAUAUUUAGUGAUCUUAUAAUAUCUAAGAUGUAGAUGAAAACUGGAAUCAAUUAAUCAUUUGCUGUGUUAUCAGCACUAGAUCAACCAUCUGGGUUUCUUGAAAACACCUGAAGGAUUGAAUUUUGCUUCAGUAUUGAUAAUGACACAGCCCAUAUACGCUAGAUGGAAUGACAUCAUUUGCCCUUCCAGUGGCCCGCAUGUUGAUAAGUAUAAGAUGUCAACUUGAGUUAGUGUAAGUUACAUAUACAGAGAUUUCAUUAAAUGUGCUUAACAAAUACUAAACACAUUUAGAGUGUUGCUGAUCUAAUGUGUCAUAUGACCUUCCUAUAAUCAUUAGUCUUUGCAUAUACCAAUAUUUUUCAUUUGUAUAAUAUUUAAUUUGUAAACAAGGAAAUGAUUAAAAAACGGAUAAAAAUAGUUAUCUUAAAAUUUUUGUGUUACCUUUUUUCUGUGAAGUUCAUAGAGAAUUUGAGUGUAUAAGAGAUUAUCAGAAAAUACUUAUUUUGAUUAAAAAAAAACAACCUCCCACUGGAUUCAACUAAUUGAAUCAUGAAAUGCUACUAUUCAUUGUUGUAUACAUAAAAGGGAAUAUUUUGUCUUCUUCCUGUGAAAGGAUUUAUGUAUGUAUUUCUACAUAUCCAAAUUGUUUCUCUUAACCCUCAGUAAAAUGUGUUUUUCCUACAUUUAUUUAAUAGGCUUCAAGAAUAAAGCUAAAGACUUUUGUGUUUGCAAUGCUACCUCCCCCAUUCCUGCACUACCAUUUUUUUUCAAAAAUUCUGUAUUGUCAACUUUAUUUUUUCCAAAGAAAUAAAUUCUGUAUCUGUGUUAUUUAAAA